UUCAAAAAUUUAUUGUUUGACUGGUUCAGCAUUCUCUCUUGCAACAAGAAACAAGCAACUGCAAUCGAAAGCCAAUUGAAUCAAAUUGCAAGAGCAAUGUACAGAAAACCUCCUGCUCAUGGCAUGAUACUAGUUUCCAGAAUCCUCAGUGAUCCAAAAUUACGACUCCUUUGGGAAUCUGAGAUGAAGGUAAUGACUAAUCGUAUAAUGAGAAUGCGAGCUUGUUUACGUAGGAAUUUGGAGAAAUUAGGCUCUCAUAUAAACUGGGAACACAUAACCAACCAGGUUGGGAUGUUUUGCUACUCUGGCCUAUCAAUUGAUCAAAUAGUUUACAUUGCGAAAAAAUUUCAUGUGUAUAUAACCCAUGAUGGCCGUAUAAGUAUGGCCGGUGUAACGGAAGAAAACGUCGAAUAUUUGGCGGAAGCAAUACAUGAAGCUACCAGAGUUAACAAAUGA